AUGACAAUCAAAUAUUAUGACACUAUAGUUGUUGGAGGUGGAUUCGGUGGUAUCACUCAAUUAUUCAAGUUAAGAGAGGCUGGCUAUUCCGUUCAUGGAUUCGAAAGAGGAUCGUUCUUUGGAGGGGUCUGGCAUCACAAUCGUUACCCUGGAGCAAGAGUUGAUUCAGAAAUUCCAACAUAUCAACUUUGGCUAAAAGAAACUUGUAAGGGUUGGGUAUUCUCUGAACGUUUUCCUGGGUAUAAAGAAUUGCAAGACUACUUUGCAUUUGUUGACACCCAAAUUAACGUUAGUCAAGAUUUCACCUUUGAGUCUAACGUUUCCAAAUCUCACUGGGAUGAUGAUAAAAAUGUUUGGGAUAUCACUGUGACUGGAAAAGGUGCCGGUGAAUACAAAUGUAAAUAUUUAAUUCUCUGUACAGGCUUUGCUGCAAAAAAAAUGUAUCCCCGAAUUAGCAACAGAGAAUCUUUCAAAGGUGUUUCAUUCCAUACUGCAGACUGGCCGUGUGAUGGUGUCGAUGUUACGAAUAAAAAAGUUGCAGUUAUAGGGACAGGCGCAUCAGGUGUCCAAGUUGUUCAAGAAAUUGGUGGUGAUGUCAGUGAGUUGACUGUGUUUCAACGUACUCCAAAUACUGCGUUUCCUAUGAGACAGAGUACUGGAGACAAAGACGAACAGAUAAGGAGGAUGAAAACCUAUCCAGAACUUUUUGAAAAGUUGAAAACAUCUUCACUGUCAGGAUUCGAGUUCAGUCGUGAUCCGCGCUUGGCAGGGAAUUGCUCACCGGAAGAAAUUAAAAUCAAAUUCGAUCAGUGCUGGGAAAAUGGUGGAAUGAGAUUUUGGGAAGGUAACUUUUCUGAUAUAUUAACUGACAAAAAUUCUAACAAGCUCGCCUAUGAUUACUGGAGAGAUAAGGUUCAUGAUAGGAUUAAAGACCCAAGAAAAAAGCAAUUAUUAGCUCCGGAUAAACAGCUUCAUCCGAUAUUCACGAAAAGACCUAGUCUUGAGCAAACAUACUAUGAUGUCCUCAACCAAGAUAAUGUUGAAAUUGUCAAUGUCAAGGAUGAACCAAUUUUAGAAGUUACUAAUACCGGUUUAAUAACAUCAGAAAAGGAGUACGAAUUUGAUAUUAUUAUAUACGCUACAGGAUUUGAUGCAGUAACGGGUGGAUUUUACCAAAUUGACUUGACUGGCAAAGAUGGUAUCACUCUUCACGAAAAGUGGAAAGAUGGCACGUAUACCUACUUAGGCAUGACAAUUGCAGAUUUCCCUAACUUAUUCUUUCUUUAUGGUCCUCAAAGUCCGAGCGCGUUUUGUAAUGGUCCAACUUGUUGUUUGAUUCAAAGUGAAUGGAUUAGAGACACAGUUGAUUAUACAGAAAAGCAUGAUUAUAAGUAUAUCGCUCCAAGGGAUGAGGCACAAUUUGACUGGAAAGAAUAUAUCAAUGCAGGUGCAAAUAAAACAUUGUUGCCUUUCGCGGAUUCCUGGUACAUGGGUGUUGGCCGCGAAGGAAAAAGACCAAAAGAAUGUUUAAUAUAUGUUCGCGGCUCGCAUAAAUAUUAUGAAGAUAUCAACAAAGAGCGCUUAGAAAAUAACUACAAGAACUUUAUAUUUGCAUAA